AUGAGGAAAAUGGGCUUUGCGGAACAAUGGAUCUCAUUGAUGAUGCGAUGUAUUACAUCAGUUAAGUACAUAGUGUUACUCAAUGGUCAACCAAAAGGGAAAAUAACUCCCCGCCGAGGUUUACGACAAGGGGAUCCAUUAUCCCCGUAUCUCUUUAUUCUGUGUACGGAAGUUCUGAUAGGAAAUCUGAGAUGGGCAGAAGAACAUAAAAGUAUUACAGGCCUUAAGGUGGCUAGGGCAAGUCCAGCAGUGUCUCAUCUCUUUUUUGCGGAUGACAGCCUGUUUUUUUGUAGAGCGAAUGUUGACGAAAGUCGGGUGUUACUCCAAAUCUUGAAAGAGUAUGAGAUCACCUCUGGGCAGCAAAUUAAUUUUGGAAAAUCAUCAGUACAAUUUGGUCAUACGGUGGAGGCAAGCGUGCGGGCGGAGAUACAUCAAGUUUUGGGAAUUAGCAAUGUGGGGGGUGUCGGGAACUAUCUUGGGAUUCCAGAAAGCAUUGGGGGCGCAAAGACAAAGAUUUUUAGUUUUUUGGUAGAUCGACAACACCAACGAAUGAACGGUUGGAACUCAAAGUGGUUGUCAAAAGGGGGAAAAGAAGUUCUUAUUAAGUCAGUGGCUUCAUCGAUGCCUAUGCACGUAAUGUCAUGCUUUCGUCUGCCCAAAGGGAUUACGAAUAAGAUGACUAGUGCAGUCUCCAAUUUCUGGUGGAGUAAUAAUGGCCAAACUCGUGGUAUGCAUUGGAUGGCUUGGAAAAAGUUAUGUCGGCACAAGAAUGAUGGUGGAUUAGGAUUUCGGGUUAUUGAGGACUUUAACACGGCUUUACUUGCCAAACAACUAUGGCGGCUAAUAGACUACCCCGAAUCGUUAUUUGCACGAGUUUUCAAAGGACGGUAUUACCGGAACUCUACUCCUUUAGACCCUAUUAGAUCAUACUCUCCUUCUUACGGAUGGCAGAGUAUAGUAUCGGCUCGACCUCUGGUACAAAAAGGACUUAUUAAAAGGGUUGGUUCAGGAACAUCUAUCUCAGUUUGGGAUGAUCCAUGGAUUCCAGCUUCUAGCCCGAGGCCAGCCACAUGA